AUGGCUGCCCCGAACAGACGCGCGCUUCGACCGGGAGUUUAUGCGCCCUCCCCGACCUUUUUCAACGACGAGCAAGAAAUUGAUUAUGAAUGCUAUAAGAAGCAUCUUCUCAACUUGGCCACUAGAGGGAUGGUCCCAGUGUGUGCCGGAUCUUUGGGUGAAGCUGUUCAUUUGGACUUUGAGGAGCGACAAACUCUUAUUCGAUUUAUUCGAGCUACCUUGGAUGACGCAGGGCUCCAGUUAACCCCAAUCGUUGCUGGAGUGGGGGGGUUCAAAGAUGCGGGCAUGGUCAUCCUCCCGGCAUAUUAUGCUGCGAGCCUGAAUGCCGAUUCUAGCCAAGUUAUUCAAUAUUAUGUAGACAUAUGUGAAGGGUCACCGAUUCCGAUCCUCCUUUACAAUUUCCCUGCCAAUGCGGGCGGCCAAGAUAUGUCCUCGGAAAUCAUCUGCUCGAUCAUCAAACAGGCCCCCAACCUGUGUGGUGUCAAACUCACGUGUGGAGGUAGCGUUGCGAAGUUGGUUCGUCUUUGCGCGACAAUUUCGGAGGAUCGGACAAUCAACAGCACACGCAAAUUCCCCUUUCUCUUGCUUGAUGGCUUGAUCGCGGACCUCACUCCUUGGAUGAAAUGUGGAGGCCAUGGGACUGUGAGCGGGAUCCCCAACUUUGCUCCUGUUGCCUCGAUGAGGCUCUGGCACUUGCUGAGCCUGCCUUCUCCGUCAGAGGAAGAGAGCGCUGAAGCCGCGAGGAUACAAGGCAUUUUGUCGCGGGCUGAUGUGGCGGCAGUUCCGGGUGGCAUCCGUGCUAUGAAGUAUGCGUUGAACAGAUUGCACGGCUAUAGUAUUGCUCCUCGAAAGCCGUUGCUUCCAUUGAAAGAGUCUGAUGGCGAGUUAUUCAUGUCUGCCUUGGGGGAAAUGAUUGAGUUUGAGCGUAGCAUGACACGAUCUAGCAACAUAGGAUUGUAG